UAAAUCCCACAUUUUAUGUUCCAGGGUCUAACAAAGCUUCUACAGAAGAAAGAAGAUGAAAUAGAGAAUUUGAAUGAUGAAGUGAAAGACCAACAAGUUAAAGCUGAAGAGCUGGCUGAUGCUAUUCGACAACUGGAGAUACAGAAGCCAAUGUCAAGUACCAAGGAUAACUUGCUUGAUCAACUACGACAACAACUUAAACAAGCAGAUGCUGCACUGCAGGAUGCACUUGAUGAAAAGUUGAAGACACAAGAUGAUCAUGAUAAGAAGAUAAGGGAGCAGCUUCAGCAACAUCGGGAGCAGGAGAGACAGAUGGAACAUCUUAAAACUUCGUUGCAAAUAAGUGAAGAAACAGUGGUAUCCAUGGAUCAGAUGAUAAAUGAAAAAGAUAAAUCUCUUCAAGAUCUCACAAAUAAACAUAAAGCAUUGCUCAAGGAACUGCAGCAAAAAGAAGAGCAGAGGAUUUCAGCUCUUCGUGAGCGAGAUGAACUUCUCAUCCAUUGUGAUGAGGAGAAGCUCCGGUUCACUGAGAUGAGCAGGAAGAUGUUGAGAAGAUCAAGCUCCGAUCUUUCAUCCAACAUCUCCCAGAUGGAAGCAGAAAGAAGAAUAUCUGAUCUUCAGCAUCAGUUGAGGAAAAAAGAGGAGGAAUAUAAGGAAGCUCAGUCUUCUUACGAUAGAGUUGCAUCCGAUCUCCGUUCCUCCAUCAGUGACCUGCAAAGAGCUCUCCGUUCCAAGGAAGAGGACUCCGAGAGACAUCGGAGGACCAUCGCUCAACAAGAUCUUCGAGAUGCACAAGAUGAAGGAGGACAUUAGGAGCAGGGAUGAGGAGAUUCAGAACCUCCAAUCUGAGAUUGAGAACAAAGUUUCCAAUCUUUUAAACAUCAACUCCGAUCUUCAGAACAAACUCGUCUCUAGCGAGCAAGAGCUUCAGAACCUCAACAGCCAGCAGAUGGCAGUACAGCGCCAACAUGAACUGCAGAG